CCACCUAAACAAAACAUGUGCCGCACGAAACUCGACCGAUCAGUCCAUAUUUGUUUAUUUUUGUAUUUAUAAAGUGAUUGGCAGGCAAAGCGCUUUUGUGAAUAUACGCUUGAAUAAAUUAUCAUCUGAAGUAUCUAGUGUAGCAAUAAAUAACAAGAUUAUCACGAUACAUUUGUAAGUUAAUGGUUGAUAAGUUUUGAGCAUCCUAGUUCGAGUCAAGUAAAGUCCAAACACCGGCCGCGUUACGCCAAGCAUAUUUUAGAAACUUGAACUCACACCUACUCGGUUAAAUUGGAACUAGUCAUCCCACCGCAGUUCGGCACUGAAAAUGGGAAUACGUCAUCUCCACAGCUUUAUGGAGAGGAAGGUGGACGGUGGACUAUACACCGUUAAAAUGCAGCACGAAAUUUCGAAUGCGAAAAAAAGCGUCGAAAAGCCGUUGGUCGUGAUCGACCUGAUGGCGAUGUUCGGAGUAUUUUGUUCCGACAGGCGAAGCCUACUGUGCGGCAGCCAGUUCUGGGUGGUGGAGCAUACGGCGGAUUCGUUUUUCAAACGCCUCACCGAUGCCGGUGCCGAGCUGGUCUUUUUCUACGACGGUACACUGCAGCUGAACAAGUACGACACGUGGAUCAACCGGCAGAAUGGCAAGUACGACCGGAUGAUCGAUGUACUGGACGGAAUCAAUGCACGGAUGCCGCUGGCAGUGGCCGCGGACAAGUUUGACCGAACGCUGCCAAACAACACCUGCAUCAAGCUGGAGAAUGUGGCCAAGCGGCAUGGCGAGCUAAUCGUAUCGACGGACUUGGAGUGCGACCAGGCGCUGGCAAUUUACGCCACCAAGCGUAAGGCGCUAGCGGUGAUAUCGCACGAUACGGAUUUCCUCAUUUUCGAGGGCGGCUGGCAGCUGUGGCACGCGAACCACAUCGAUGUGAACAAGUUGAUAACGAAGGCUUACGGCCGGCAGGCGCUACUACGCACGCUUGGCUUGCAGUGGCGCCAGAUGGCAUUGUGGGCAACGUUGGCCGGGAACGACUUUUUCAGUUACGACGAGCUGGAACCGUUUCUGAACGAUCUUGGCCCGCACACGCAAAAGUUUUACAAGCUGGCCGAGUAUGUGCGACGGUUGACGGUGCGCAACGGGAAGCUGGAUGACGAUACGGUACGCUCGAUACUGGGACGGGUGUACAAGAAGAGGCGCGUACCGACGGAAGCUUACGAAUGGUUUCGGCAAAGCUAUGCCUUCUACCAGGUGGAUGAACCAUCGGAGAAGAAACCCGACGAUCCGUUCGCCUAUCUGCUACAGGCUGGGUACAGCUUUACCCACAGCAUACUGACCGGGGUACCGUUUAACGUCACGCUCUUUUUUUUCGACUACCGAUCCUCAGAAUUUGGCAAUUAUUAUGAAAUAAUCGAACCGAUUGUUUCCCGCAUCGGUGGUAUCCUGCUAUACCACCAUCAGCACGAACGGCAGCACAUAACGGUCGUCACAAAGCGCAACCAUCACGAACCACACUCGUUCGGUACGGUGGCAGCUACCUUCCCGACUGCCAUCACACCGCCACCGGUAAUGGAUUUGGUUUCAACCGACGGUCCCGUACAGGCCUCGCUGCUCGAGCGCAAACUGCAACUCUGGCGUUGGGUUUGUUCCGACGAUUUGUUCGAUGUGGCACAGUUCAAUACGGUACCUCCCGCGUUCAUGUGCACGGUGCUUACCCUGUACCGGUUGCGGCAGUGUGGUGCGAUCCGCAUGUUCGAAGCGGAUCUACUUUUGCUCAUCGCACACCAACUUUCGAACGGUGCGUUCGAUCCACUGCAGGAACCGUACCCGCAGAAACUGAUUUCGCGCGCGUUCCGACUAGGGUUCCUGUUCCAAAAGGUGUACAGCCACAUGGAACGGGUGGCAAAAGCGCUUGGCCUACCGCAAGAGUACCGGCCGACGACACCGUACGACGGGCUACGGUUCCACAACAUGUAUCGCGUGUGGACGAGCAUGAAGGUGGAACCGCAUCACAUCGAACCGAUCGCGGAGUGGCGGUUUUACCAGCAGACAAAAAGCACAUAACGUUUAAAGUGAGCAUAUCUUGUUAAAAGACGGGCGAACAGUUUAUCGCGCAGCGCUAGGCUUCAAUGCUAGGGUGAAUAGUUUCUUCUAUGCAUGCACAGUAUGGAUAGAAUCUUAAUUUGUUAUAAAAUGUGUUCAAUUCAUCCAUAUUUUUACUACUUCUGGUUAUCAACGCCGGUGCUAAGGUUUUCCAAAAUCUGCGUUGAGCCAAAACGCUUUUAAAGGGGUUCUGUUCGAAUGGGGGGAGGAAACCGGGUGGAAAGAGCCAAUGGGAGAAACUACUUGCAGCCAAUUCGUAAGUUACCGAUGCCCAAUUACCUGGUCAGGGAAAACAAUAUCGCUUCUAAUUUAGUAUCUGAAAGAGUUGUACUAACACAAAAUAUCUCUCCCAGAGAGUCUUACUAUGUGUUCAACUAAUACAGCUCUAUAAUAGAAGGCCAUAACAUCGUCAGGAUUAUAUCUCUUGUUGAAUUUCCUCCCUUAGAGAGCGGUAUCUUAUCCAUGUUUUAAUUGGAGACAAGCACAAUCAAAUUUAUCAAAACGUACAAUGUAGGUGGUAAUUCGUCGACGUGAUAGCGAGACAUAUGCGCUAUCAACCCUCCGAGCACCUGACAACCCGUCCGACUGUCAGUAAGAAGAACUAACUAAACAUGUACAAGAUCACCAAAACUAGUCUUGAUGUCCGUUGUUUUCCAUAUUAUAUUUCAGUGAGUUUUUAACAAAAUUUAACGUUUUAUGAAACAAAAAAAAAAGAAUAGGUAAGCUACUCAAUUAUUUGCAUUUUUUUUCUAUAAUUCACGUUUAACGAUUAAAUUAAACAUUUUCUGUAAUAAAAAUCAUCAAAGCUGUUGUUAAACACGAUUGCUAGAUGUUGUUAACAGGUCAACAGGAUCACAGUAGUCUAUUGUAGUGUGAAGCAAUCGUAAGUACAUAUCAAAUCAUGAUGGACUGGCGGCCGAGCUCUUCAAGAUGGGACCGAAGAGGCUUACCGUCGAAAUGUAUCGGCUGAUCGUAAAAAUCUGGGAGCAGGAGGAAUUACCGGAGGAGUGGAAGCUGGCUGCCAUCUAUCCAGUCUACAAAACAGGCACAACCUACAAACAGGGUGACAGGCUUCGAGUCAUCACAUUCCUUGGUGCCGCCUACAAGAUUCUGUCUCUGAUGCUGCUCUGCAGACUUGCGCCCCUUGCUACGGAUUUUGUGCCGAGAGCGCCAAAUCUCUACGCAUCACCUGUUCAUCGAGUUCAAGGCGGGCUACGACACUAUAAACCGGAAGGAGCUAUAGAAUAUCAUCCAGUGGUACCACUUCCUUGUGAAGUUGAUCCGGCUGUUAGAGGCCACCAUGAACGAGGUGCAGAGCAAGCUGAGAGUAUCGAACUUGAUGUCGUAAUCGUUCGAAUCUCACAGGGGUCUGAGACAAGGUGACGGACUCUCCUUUCUGCUCUUCAACAUAGCCCUGGCAGAUGUCAUUCGAAGUACGCGGGGCUAGACAACAACAUCCGUGGCACGAUCCUCUACCGAUCUUUCCAAUUUCUUGGCUUCGCGGAUGAUAUCGACAUCAUCGGCAGGACGUCAGCGAAGGUGUGUGAGGCGUACACCCGGCUCAAACACGAAGCAGCAUCAAUUGGAUUGAGAAUCAAUGCGACGAAGUACCUGUUUGCCGGAGACUCAGACCAUCUGGGAAACAGUGUAUUAGUUGACGGCGAAAAUCUCGAGGUAGUAAGGAGUUUCUGGUAUCUCGGGACGGCUCGUUACUUCGGACAACAACAUCAGCAGCGAAAUCUGGAGACGCAUUGUUCAGGGGAAUCGGGCAUACUGUGGGCUUCACGGACUGCUGAGGUCCAGAAGACUUCGAGCCUUCGAACUUCGGAGCGGAGGAUACAAACGUUCUGGGCGUUUUUUUUAGCGACGCAUCCUCCCGACCAUCUUUGGCGGUGUGUUCGAGCAUGGAACGUGGAGGAGAAGGAUGAACCACUAGCUUGCUGAGCUGUACGACCCGAGCAUCCUGACGGUGGCGAAGGCUAACAGAAUACGAUAGUUGUGGCAUGUCAUGAGAGUGCCGGACUCGUGUCCCACCAAGAAGUUGUUCGACAGCGAACUCGAUGGCUGGAUCAGGUGAAGCGAGACUUGUCGGAGAUCGGGUGUCUACAUGGAUUGGAGGCUGUAGCCAGGGACCGAGCAUCCUGCAGAAUGAUUGUUGACCGGGCCUUGUCACAUCGACGUGCUCUAUCGUGAGCAGGCCAACAAAAGUGAGAGAGGGAGACAUAUCAAAUCACCAAUAUAUCAAUAUAUCAAUAUUACCUUUCCCCUUUUUCCGCUUCGUGGGAGCAAGUUCGGACCCGCUACAAACACUUACAUUUCACGUUCAAUCGAUCACUAAAUGGGCCUUUUAAGCUAACCAAGAAGCAGAACGUUGUUUUCGACCGAAAGUUAACAAUCAUCAUUAAAAAACCAUAUUGUUUUCUAAUUCUCAAACGA